UUUAACUGGUUGUCUUAAUUGCAGUACACGUGCAUGCGUAUUUCCUUCAUGUGUGCACAUGCAGGCUAUAUCGCCGUAGUGCUUGGGGCCCGUUGGAGCGCCGUUCGUUAUCCAGGGCCCCUGAUCUGAGCUUCCUUAUAAGCGGUUGCCAUUGCGUUCGUAAUUACCAUAUACUGGUGUGGCGCGGAAAUGUCUCGGCUGCCCGACCGCGCGUCACAUGUCUUUUUCUUGCGACGUCUCGCAGCAGAGAAGCAGCCGGGCAAGGGCAGCGGCACUCUUGGGGACCUUCUCACCGCACAGGUCGUCAAGGAAUAUGUGCGGCCAGCGACAAUGGGGACCAAGACAAACUUUGUGGACUGCCUAAGGGCGGGCUCGCUUGACAAGAUGGUCGCAGUGGGGCUGGGCUGGUGCCCGAAUGGCGUGCUGACGGAGGAGCCCGCCAACCCCAAGGCGUUUGGGCCCACCACCUAUUUCGCCAGCCACGCCUGGAGCUACCGGUUCAAGGAGUUCGUAUCGAUGCUUGAGGGGCACUACAACUCUCAGCCCAAGACGCAGGGGGGCACCUCCUACGUGCCCAUCUACUACUGGGUUGAUAUCUUGGCGGUCACACAGCACUUCAGCGGAGACUUCAAGGACCAUCCCGACUCCGACUUCCCAGGCGUUAUCCGGGCCUCGCAGGCUGUCCUCUUCACAAUGCACCCGUGGAGGAGCCCCGUCGCCCCCACACGCGUCUGGUGUUUGUUCGAGGCGCUCACCGCGGUGCAGGCCAAAGGGGUUGGCUUUGAGGUCAUUUUGGACACCGGCAACAGUAAGGACACCAACGCCUCCACACUGCUGGCCAUUGCGAGCGGCAUCGACGCCCGAGCCGCAAACGCCACGGUGGCUUCCGACAAGGCCUACAUCCUGGGCUGCAUCAAGGCGGGGCUGGGCGUGGACGCAUUCAACACCGUGCUGCGGGACACGCUGAAGGCGGCUCUGGCGGAGGUGAUGAUAACAAAGGCCAUGAAUGAGAACAACAACGCGGCGGCGAUUGCGCUGGUCAAGGUCGGCGCGUGCACGGGUCGGAACGGCGUGCUGGACCUGCCACGAUACCUCCCCCACGCGUCACCGGCCGAGGUGGCGUCAGUGAUCGAUGCGCUGGCUGGCGGCGGCGGCGGGGCGGCGCCCACGCCGCGAGGGCUGGUGCUGGCGGCGCGCACACGCGGCAUGCAGUUGACUUCGCGUUCCAGCACUUGGGUGGACGGCGCAGGCAAGGCUCUAGGCGAGAUGCCUCACCACCGGGGGCCCUGCCCGGGCAGCAGCAGAAGCACCGCCGCAUACGACCCCAACAAGGGCGACCGGCCGGUGUGGACAUACAUGCCCCCUCGCGGCGGCGGCGUGCUUGCGGCCUUGGGGCGACUGCUGGCAGCACGGCAGCAGCAGCAGCAGCCGGCGGCGGCGGCGGCGCGGAGUUGCGGCGGCGGCGGUGGCGGUGGCGGUGGCGGUGGCGGUGGCGGUGACGCAGCUAGCAGUACUGCUGGGGGAGGCGGAGGAGGCCUGGUGGAGUUGUGGCUGAGCCUGGGGCCGCCGGAUGCCAAUGAUGAGGAGGUAGCUAGCGGCGGCGCAACCCACAAGACGGAGUCGCGUGCGAAUGCGUCCCCCGCUGCUGCUGGCUCUGGUAACCGCACUUCCCUACCCCGGUUGCCUCCUGCCAGCGUCCGGCAGCUGCGGGGCAGCGGCGGCGCCACCAGUGCCUCCGCUCCCUCGUCGCCCAUGCGGGGUGCAGCCGCCGCCGCCGCCGGCGGCGGCGCAGCAGGCAGGGGCGUCGUGGCCGGCGGCGGUGGCGGCGGCACGGGCGGCGGCGGCGGGCGGGUUGCGUUGUGGUCGGGGCUGCGGGCGAGCGGCACGCUACGUAUGCUGUGCCUGCAUGGGUGCGUGCUGUGCCCGGCGGAUGUGGACGGCCUGGCUGCUGCGCUCCGGGGAAACUCCGUGCUGCGCGUGCUGCAGGUGUGGGACUUCAUCCCGCCCCCAGGCAGCGCUACCGGAGCCGCCGGGGCCGGCGGGCUCAUUCGGGGCCUGCUGGCCGCUGGCCUCGCCAGCCGCACGCUCACGCACCUCCACAUCGUGCCCUCGCGCGUGUGCUGGCUACCCGAGCUGCCUGAACUGCCGGCGGCGGCGGCCGCGGCGGAGUCGGCGCUCAAAGAGCUGGUGCUGGCUCCUGUGGCGCUGGCGCCGCCCGCGGUGCGGCAGCUGGCGGAGGCGCUGGCGGCGCUGCCGGGGCUGUGCGGCGGGGCGGUGGACUGCCUCAAACCGCCGCCGCUGACGUGGCUGCCAGCGCCCACACCCGAGGAGUUCGGGCAGUGGUGGGAGGUACGCACCCCGGUCCCCAAGGGGUCCACGUACCCGCCCAACCACAUCCAGGUGAUGCAAGUUGUGGAGGAGCGGCGCUGCAGCCCAAGCGGGGUGCCCAUGGAGGCGGGCGCGCCGGCGGAUGCAGUGGGCGAGCUGAAGGCGCUGUUUGAGGUCAUCGGCGUUGGCGGCAGCAGCGGUGCCAGCAGCGGCGGCGGCAGUGCGCUCGGCAGGGGCGGCGGCAGCGCUGAGGCGUUCCUGCCGCCGCUGCUGCAGCGCGCAUCAAACAGCAGCUCCGCCGCCGCCUUCACCACUACGCCUGGCGGCGGGGCCAGCAGCACCGGCUACACAGACGCAGACGCCGCGGCAGGGCCGUGGGCGCCCCGCACGGCGGCGGUUGCGCACUUCAUCGGGGCCUGUGCCGGCCUCCCCGCAGCCCAGGCCCGCGGUGUAACGAACUCCACAAGCCACACUGGCGGCUUGUACAACGUGCCUGUGGAGGAGGGGCUGGCGGCGGCGGCGGCGGCGCGGAGCUACGAUGCCAUUAUGACCGCAGCCCUGAAGGCGGCACCGCCCGAAUACGUCAGCCGGAUCAAGCGCCACGAACUGCUGCCGCCAAGAAAGGACGGGUUCCUGCUCGCAAAGGCUUUGCAUGCAAGCCAGUGGGAUUAAUGGAGACUCGGCAUUGCACUGAAGACUGUGAGCACUGCAGAUAACACCGCAUUGCACGCACGCAUUGCAUGCACUGAUAAUCGCUCGCACUGAUCACCGCUCGCGCGCACGCACUGCUGAUUGCCAAUUUGCAUUGCACUUCGCUUGUGUUCGCUUGUAUUGCAUUUUUUCAAGCACGUCGAUAAUUGCACUGCCCAAGCAGCGCUAUGCCGUACUGAGAGUGUGCGUGCGGAAUUGUUUCAGCGGCCCACUUCGUCACUUAACACUUUUCAAGCUUGGAAUUGGGGCGGAGCUUUUUCGUGUUGAAUCAAAGAGGCCUACAUUAAGCUACCAUUGGCAGGAUAGGAUUUCAGCGCGGCGGCCUGGCGUCGAAGUGAACUGUGAUGCUGUUGUGUUUUGUGUCGGUGUGUGUGUUACCUGCCAAAAAGGUUUCGGCUUUCUAAUGUUCGGGAGGGCUUCCCCGAACUGCUGAAAGUAUCCUAUAUUUUUUAUAUUUCGGGGGCGUCCGGGCUCUUGUAACAAAACUGUUCC